AUGAUUCGUAGACAUGCGACAGCUAUAACAUCGAAGGGAGGACGGUAUUGGCGACUAGUGGUAACCCUAUUGAUCAUAUCGACCGUAGCAUUACUAGUUUGGAAGAAAUCGGAGCCAACAAACGAUAUAACAAUCGAUAUCGAUUCAGAAGAUCCAGAAGAUUCUACAUUCCAAUUGGCUAGUAUCUAUAGGCAUGGUGUGGGUCAAGUAAAAGACGCGAUUCAGAAAUUAGAGGUAACUGACGAAUUUGUAAUAAAGGCUGGUGAUCACUACAAUAACGAAGUGGCUACCAACGCCAUAGAUGAUUCAGUAUGGACGACUAAUGCUAGGUAUGCCACUGAUAAUCCAUUUGGAUUUAAAUUUAAACUAAAGGGUCAAAAAGUACUUAUGAGAAGGUUAAAGGAUAGAAGUCCCGAGUUUAUGGAAGGUUAUUUGGAUUUUGCCCUAGAUUCACCUUUGAAGGCAUCUAAGGUUUCGCUAGAUUGGGUAGAUGAAGUCGUUGAAGCUCCUAAUGUGACUGAUAAGGAUACCAUACUAUCACUAGCACUAAUGUCGUCUAAUGCAUACGUUAGAUUACCACAUACGGGAGAUUGGAGAAACGUCUCUUUACCUUGGAACGAAUCUGAUCCUGAUAGUUAUGGAUGGGAUGGUGACGGUUUAAGAGGACACAUUUUCUACAAUGAAAAGGAAAACGUCGUUGUAUUAGCCAUCAAGGGCACUAGUUCUCAAGGUUUACCUGGUUCAGGUGAAGAAGAUACUAUACCUAACGAUAAAAUAAACGACAACUUACUAUUUUCCUGUUGCUGCGCUAGAAUCAGCUAUCUAUGGACCACAGUGUGCGAUUGCUACACAAAAUCUUACACUUGCGAUGAAUCCUGUCUCGAGAAAGAAUUCAGAAGAAAAGAUCGUUACUAUGCAGCCACUAUGGAGAUUUACAAAGAUGUUUUAAACAAUUAUCCAGAUGCUACAAUAUGGAUAACUGGCCAUUCAUUAGGUGGAGCUCUAGCUAGUCUUUUGGCACGUACCUAUGGCUGGCCUGCAGUUGGGUUCGAGGCACCAGGAGAGCUGCUGGCAGCGAAAAGAUUGCAUCUGCCCUUCCCACCAGGACUACCGAUUUACGAAGAAGCAGUUUGGAACAUUGGACACACUGCAGAUCCGAUAUUCAUGGGAACUUGCAACGGUGCCAGUUCAAGUUGUUCCAUUGCUGGUUACGCUAUGGAGACUGCUUGUCAUACGGGUAAAAUCUGCAUUUACGAUUCCGUUACAGAUUUAGGCUGGCGUGUGAGUAUGUUAAACCAUAGAAUCCACACAGUUAUUGAUGGUGUCCUAACCGAGUACGAUCAAGUAGCUCAUUGCAAGCAACCAGAACCUUGUAUCGAUUGCUUCAAUUGGAAGUACAUCAGGGACAGGAAUGCACCAACGACGACUUCAACUUCGUCAACUUCGUCCAAGGUACCAACAAGUACAUCUACGAGUUCCUCGUGUGUGGGACGUAACUGGUUUGGAAUAUGCACCAGUUAUGGUUUAUCAUGA